GCGCCGUCUUCGCCGACCCACUCCGCCUUCGACCUCGACACCUGCUUCGAUUCCGGGCAAGCGUUCCCUCUCUGGUGGUCUCCGAAGUUCGAGAGCCGGAUCGAUUCUAUGCUCCGCUCUGCCAUCGCCUGGAACGACGGAACCCUCUCCGAGAUCCGCUCCUGUCACUACUCCGACCGAUCAAUCUCGCUGCCGAGAGCGUCCAGGGAUGUGCCAAACGAGUACCUCAUGGCAGACAUGGCUUGCCCUCUUGAAGCAGAUUCGGAAACCGCAGCAAUUGGGAAGUUCAUGACAGGGUUGAAGCACUUAGAGCUUCGAUUCUCGAGGUUAACGGCCAAAGGGAUCGAAUCGAUCAGCAAAGGGUGCUUGAAUUUGGAGUUCCUGGAUUUGUCAGGGUGUGUUAAUGUCAGGGGGACGCUGCGAGCUUGACCAGGUUGAGAAGUCAAAUUCUGCAUUUGCAUGUUGUUGAUCGGGCAUUCAAAGGGGUAUGGGCAUUGAGAUUUGUUUGAUGAGAGGUUUCAGAUUGAUGCAUCUGCAUCUGUAUGAUGAUUCUGGUAUAAAAGCUGCCUGCUUUGUGAACACUC